AGAGUUUUGGUUCUUUGUUUUGUUUUGUUUCUUUUGUUUAUUGUUUUCUGCUUAGUCUCUUGUCCACACUCCAGUCCAGUUGGUGGCGGUAAUGCACCUACAAGUUGGUUUGCCAACCGCCAAUAAACACGGAAAAAGAAGAAGAAGAUUUCGACAGUGCCAACCGGAAGUGUCCUGAUAAUAACAACUCUGGUUAGCAUGUAGCUAGCAGUCCUAAAUGUGACUUGUGGACAUGAAGCAUUUGUCUGCAGUGCCUCGACAACGUGCACCUACAUGUCUAAUAACAUAUGUAUCUUGUCGAUAAUGUUACAGAUACAAACACGUCGUACUAGCGUUAAUGUUAGCUCGUUACCUGAAGCUAUGAAGUUAGCUUACUAGCGUAAAGCUAACCUUUAUAGUCGUCUGAACACACCUGUGCAAGGUGUCAUUUACCAGGUAAAAGAAUGGCUGAUGACCCUCAGAGAAAUUUCCGCUCUGCAUAUUAUGAGAAAGUGGGCUUCAGAGGAGUGGAGGAGAAGAAAUCUCUGGAAAUACUGCUCAAGGACAAUCCCCUCGAUCUAGAAAAGCUGAGCACCUUCAGUCAGAGGUUCCCCCUCCCCUCUAUGUACAGGAUCCAUGUGUGGAAGGUGUUGCUAGGCAUCUUACCCCCCCACAAUGACUCUCACUCUCUGGUGGGAGGCUACAGGAAGGAGCAGUACCAGGACAUCCUGGAGGCUCUGGAGGUGAUGAGAUACAUCAACCCUUCCACUCCCUCCACCCACGUCUACCUGCGCAUGUCCCAGCUGGAGACCCUUGUGCUCCCACGGUGCUCCGAGACCUCCGCCCCGGUAAGAUGGAUCGCACAUAGAGAAACAUGUCCAUAUAUGGGACUGAUAAGGUUUGUUGUCUCCCCUGUUGCGUUGCAGCCGAAGAGCCUGGAGCACUAUCUGAGUCAGGAGGAGCCUCGGCUGCUGACCCACCUGAAGACCAGCGGGACCCUCGCCCAGCUGCCCUACGGCCUCUGGUUCAGACGCUGCUUCGCCGGCUGCCUGCCCGAGUCCAGCCUGCAGAGGGUGUGGGACAAGGUGAUCAGCGGCUCGUGUAAGAUCCUGGUGUUCGUGGCCUUGGAGAUUCUGCUCAGCUAUAAGAUCAUGCUGAUGGGAAUCAGCCGGCCUGAAGGCGCGGUGAGGUUCCUGUGCAAUAUACCGCAGGAGAACACGGACGCCAUCGUAACUAAAGCCAUCGACUUGUGGCACAAAUACUGCUUACAAUCAUAAUAAUAAUAAUAUAUAUAUUCUUUUUUUUUUCUCAUAAGAAAGUACAAAAAUGAAUCAUUCUCAAAUAGUCUCCGUCAUGUUCAACAGGGGCAAGAAGAAGCUUCUGGUCCUACCCCCUCUAGCAUACAUUUUGCUUAUAAAUAAGUUAAUUUGUUUUUUUGCUUUUUACAAAACAAUCUGAAAGAAAUUACAAUAAAUAACAAAUGGGAUUGUACAGGUCCUGUUCAUAACCAUUCAUGAUUUGGCAACUAAAUAAUACUUUCAGUUUAGAUAGACUAGUACAACAUUUCAGUGCAUCAUUACAGUUAUUCCACAGACUAACAUCUUUUGAUGAGAUGCAAUGCAGUUUACCAUUUGUUCGUACGGGUGGUUUUUUGAAAAUGCAGUUUCCUCUCAACAUGCUUUCUCUCCGUGUGAAAAGAUAAGGUGCUGUCCCACGACAGAGCACAAACUCUUAACUCAACUGAGACUACGGAUUUGUCUCCGCAUGACUGGACAAAAAAAACUCAUCAUGGGCUGCUUUUAAUAAGCCCCAGGACUUGGGAGCCAAUCCAAUUACAGACAGGACAACACAUCCCAGCUCUCCCCAAAGAAUGAUCGACUGUUUGUGGAAAGGACACUGAAAACAGCUGCUAUACAGAGAGGAUGCACAAAAUCUGUUUAGAAAAAAGGCAAGGAUUCAUAAACUUAUUUUCUUUAAUAAGUUUCUUUCUUUAAGAAACAGCUUACAUCAUAGAAGACAAUAAAUUAAUACCCACAUGCAGUUGUUCUGCUUUACAAAAAAACAUUUGAAAAGUCUUGUUUACUUUCUUUGCUAUUUACAAGUCUUAGAAUUCUGAGAACAGUUUUAAACGUACAAGAGACAGUAAUAUUACCGACGCUCGUACUGACACACUCACUCACAGAUCAAGUCCUCCCGAUAAUAAGGUCAAAACUGGCAAUUAUCUAAUGUGGACCAAAACCAUAAAAAGUAAGCUGGCAGGUUUUCCUUUUCUGUGCCACCAAAGAUUUGACUGACAAUAAAAAAAGAAAGUCUGUUUUUUUGAAGUUCUGCAACUUUUUACUGUGUCAACGAAACAAGUUAAUUUGGCAACGUUCAAAUCCCUGUAAACAAUACUGUAGGCACAGUGACACAGUGAGUUACUGAACUCUCAACAGCAGUCAUUCUGGGAUGCAUUCAAGAUCGCAACUUCAACAGGAAGUCAAGUGGGGAUCAAAAGUGUGAACACAUUUUGAGCUCUUGAAUGCAGUCCAUUAACACAAAAAACGAUCAGGCUGUGAAGUUAUUGCUCAGUUAAUGUGUUUUACAUUUUUUUCUGUUACUGUCUUGAAAAGAUAAUUGUUAUAUUUUAGGUCAUUUUGGCUUAAGAUGCAGCUGCCUACAGAUAUGAAUUCCUCUGGCAAAAUGUGAAACGAUCACUAACAUGUUACUUGUUAGACGCUUUUAUCCAAAGCGACUUACAUACUCAAUACUGUGGACAAUCCCCACAGGAACAAUUUGGAGUGAAGUGUCUUGCCCAGAGACACAACAACUUGCUGACUGCAGUGGGACUCGAACUUGCUACCCCCUGAUUUGAAGUCCAGCACUCUAUCCACUGAGCCACAGCCGCCCCAUUGAGAUGUCUUCUGUGGAAUAAUACCAUGCCAACACAAACCCAAAGGAUAUAAAGUCCAUUUAAGGAGUGACAUUAUGGUGAAAGGCAAGAAAACAAUCCAUGUGUUAAAAAUAAAUUCCUUUCUUCAGCUCCUUG